UUCGCCUGGCAGGCAACACCUUCAACUUCCUGCUACUGUCUCCAGUCGUCCAGACAACAACUAGUCGACCGGACAAAUAUUAUCUGUGUUCAUUGAGAAAGCAGGCAAACAUAACCAGCAUGCUGGCACCGCAGGCAAACCGGGUCAUGGUGCUCGGAGAAUGGGAGGAAGACUGGCAGGAGGACAGGAUUGACUUCCAUCAGCCUCAAGUACACAAGAUGCUGGAGAACAAUAUUGAUAAAGUUGUUGCCGGGCGGACUGGAGUUCGCUUCUUCUUCCCUCUUUGUGGGAAAGCUGUUGAUAUGAAGUGGCUAGCAGACAUGGGCCACUCAGUGGUCGGGGUGGAGAUAUCUGAAAAGGCUGUGAAACAGUUCUUUGAGGAGAACAAUUUGACCUACACGGAGGAGCCCGUCCCUGCCAUACCUGGAGCAAAGGUUUACAAGAGCUCAGAGAGAAAUAUCUCUUUAUAUCAAUGUGACCUGUACAACUUCUCCAGUUCCAUUGAGGGUCAGUUCGGGGCCAUUUGGGACAGGGGCUCUCUGGUGGCCAUCAACCCAAAAGACAGAGAAAAAUAUGCUGCUCUCAUUACUUCUCUCAUGGCCAAAGACUGCAGAUACCUUUUGGCCACAAUGUUGUACAAUCCUGAGUUAUAUCCAGGUCCUCCCUUCUUUGUGCCUGAUGAGCAGGUACAAAGCCUAUUUGGGACCAGCUGUGAUAUUGAACUGCUGCAGUCUGUGGAUGCCCCGACGGCUGGAACACAGGUCCUGGGGCUGGACUCCCUGACUGAAAAUUUACACCUUGUCACUCGAAAGGACAUUUAAAAACAAACUUGUACAUUUAUAGAGCUUAGAAAAGCAGAUCCUGAGUAUUUUAUUGCUAACACAGGAUGUAGGCAAUUUUUGCCUAUACCUGCUUUUCUAAUGCUUAGACAUCCAAUUGAUUCUGUUCUAUUUUUGGGGAAAUGAAAGUGCGUAGGAAUUAAACA